CCAACCAACACGAUUUAGAUAACAAGAUAAACCUCCGACUCUGUUCCUGCAAAACGAAAACCUCACUUCAUUGUUCCUUUGUAAUAUCCUCGUCACUCUCACACAUCACACACAACAACAAUGGCUUCUGUUCACUCUUCUUUCCUUCUACCAUAUAAUCUCCUUUCCCUCACAACCCCAUCAAGCUCUUCCACUCAAAUUCUCUUUACCGCGAGACCCUCCGCGACCCACCUGCGACCCCUUCUUCUCACCACACGACGCCGUUCCGGGAGACGACCCUUUGCCGCGGUGGCGGAACAGGCCGCCACCGCGACCGAGGCGGCCGCGAGGAGGCUCUACGUUGGCAACAUUCCCCGCACUGUCACCAAUGACGAGCUUGCCAAGAUUGUUCAGGAGCAUGGCGCUGUUGAGAAAGCUGAGGUAAUGUAUGACAAAUACUCUGGAAGGAGCCGUCGCUUUGCAUUCGUUACCAUGAAAACUGUUGAGGACGCAACUGCUGUGAUUGAGAAACUUAACGGCACUGAACUUGGAGGGCGUGAGAUCAAAGUAAAUGUAACUGAAAAACCUUUAUCAACACUAGAUUUGCCUUUACUCCAAGCCGAGGAAUCUGAAUUUAUUGACAGUCCCCACAAGGUGUAUGUGGGAAAUCUGGCCAAGACAGUAACAACUGAUACUCUUAAAAACUUUUUUUCUGAGAAGGGAAAAGUUCUUAGUGCCAAGGUUUCACGGGUCCCUGGUACCUCAAAAUCCAGUGGAUAUGGUUUUGUUACUUUUCCAUCAGAAGAGGAUGUAGAAGCUGCAAUCUCAUCAUUCAACAAUUCUUUGUUAGAAGGCCAAACAAUCCGUGUGAACAAGGCAUAGAGAAUUAGCAAUUUUGCAGAGCAUGUUUGACCACGUGUAGUCUAGCCGGAACAAUGUAUACUUUGUGUGAGGUUGAAGCCACUAACAAAUUUCCUUGUCUCUUGUAUAGCAUAAACCUAAUCAUUUUCAGUUGAUAAGGUUCUACCAAAAAAUAGUGGAGUGGUUCAUGCUUUCUGUUGCAGACGUUGUUCUUGCACCUUUAGUCCAGGAUAUUGGGACCUCACUUUUUCUUCAUGAUUAUGUUGUUGCACCUUUUUACUUUGCUCCAAUGUUGCAACCAUUGUUGAUAUAUGCAUGUAUUCAAUUCCAUUUUUUUCUUUCUGAA